AGUGUUUAUUAGCUGAGCACGACGGACUGAAACUUCUCAGUGUCAGUCUCCGUUAAUAUAAGGCAGUAAUGUCAUCUUUGAAAAGCUGUAACGUGAAUCAGAGAGAGUAUUGAAUUCAUAAGUUUUAAGCGGGUGUGUUUGUGCUCGAAAACAUGGCGACAGUUGUAGACGAAACAACUCCACUGCUCGCUAAGAUUCCAGCGUCGCCUGAGCCUGUGGAGAAGCAAGAUGGCGGAGGUGUCUGUACAAAUUUUACGAGAUUCUUGUCAUCCGUUCGACUCGAGCCAACUAUCGUGCUUUUUGGCAUUGCCUACGGCAUAGAGACCGUUUUCGGGACGAACCUCAUCAUAGAUAAAGUUUGCAAAGCGUCCUACAGUCCAGAUAAGUGUGAGAAUCUUGAUUCAGGCCGGUACCCUCGAGAGCAAGAUUCCGUCCAACGCCUCUCCAGCGCUUACGGCGUCUACAUCCGUCUGAUCGAGUUCAUUCCGGGCAUCGUCGCCAUGUUGUUUUUGGGCUCCUGGAGCGACCGCCGCGAACGGAAGGGCCCCAUCCUCUUGCCUCUGGCUGGGAAUCUGUUGAAAGGACUGCUCCUGACGUCGAAUGCCUACUGGUGGUCUCUCCCGCCGGAGUACAUCCUCGUGGCUUAUAUUCCGGUAGGCCUAACCGGCUCAAUGUUGGGGUUGAUCUCUGGAGCUUAUGCUUACAUCAGCGCAGCUUCCGGCGGGAAAUCGCGAACUUCGCGUGUGGCUGUCAUUGGGGUCAUCGUCCAUUUCGCCUCUCCCGUUGGGCAGGCACUGGCCGAGGCGCUGUUUGACCGUGGGGGGUACGUAGCCGUGUUUGGCGCCCAUUCUGCAGCUAGUGCUUUGGCGCUUGUUUACAGCGGCUUGAGGCUAGAAAAGUGGCCCGGGGGACGCAAGAGAGGAGAUUCAUCAGCCAGUGUCUGGCAGGCUGUUUCUCCCAAAGCUGUAAAGGAUAUGUUUCUGGUGGCUCUCAGGCGGCGCAAAAACGGAGUCAGGGGAUACAUCCUUGGCUACGUAGUUGCUGUAUCGCUGUAUGUCGUCGGUGUUGACGCAAAGCAGUUCGACUUCCUCUACUGCCGCAAGAGAUUUGGUUGGGACCACAGCACAUUUACGAUGUUCUCGAUCAUCGACAUGCCAUUGAGAGCUACAGGAUCCCUCCUUGUGGUACCUCUGCUCAGCUACUUCUUCCGAGUUGAUGACGGAACUCUGGCCUUCAUCGGCGGCACUUCGACCCUUUUUCUUUACAUCGUCAGGGGCACUGCGCCACUAGCUUGGGUUAUGUAUCUAUCUUCCGUCAUAGGCCUAGGCAACGAGAUGGUAUCUGUGUCCUCCAGAGCAGCCAUCUCUAAACUCGUGGAGCCAGAGGAGCUGGGAGCCAUCUUCGCCAUCUUGUCGAUUGGCGAGGCCGUCAUUCCCAUAAUUGCUCCGUCCAUUUUCACGGCCAUCUACAACAGCACCAUCGACUUCUUUCCCGGCUUGGUGUACAUCUGCGCUGCCUCCUUCUCCUGCGGCAUUCUCUUCGUUCUUACCUGGAUUUUGACAAGACGACCCAACAACGGGCUAUGCAGGGAAGUUUCUCCAUUCAAAAAGCAGUGAAAGGACUUUAUAACCACGACCAUGCUCAGAAAGUUUCCUCGUUCCUGUAAAAUGAUCUUCUUCAAAAUGCGCUGAAGAAAAAGUCAGAGGAAAAGUCUCAGUACUUUCCUGCAGUAUCGCAAGAGCCAAAACGGAACAUUAUAAGGCAAAUGUGCCAAGUGCUUUCGUGUAGUUAAUAUAUACACUUCUUCAGGGUACAGUACAAAGUGGAAUACAGCUGAAGGACAUUAAAAAGUAAAAUUGAACAUUAAACAGAACAAAAUUGGUAAAAAGUAUAGUACAAAAAAUUACUCGCACACUUUAAGCGUGCUAGGAUACGAAUUUUUGCAGAAGCCAAGAACAAAUGAGAAAAGGACUCCAUUAUAGAAAACACUUAAUCACAAACGAUCAUUACACAAAAGGA